CCNAUUUUGCAAAGGAAACAUCACAACCCAGAAAAUGAAGCAAAAGGUGGUUAUCAAAUUAUCCUUAAAUGGGAAUGAUCAGAAAUACAGGUCCAAGGCAUUCAAGAUUGCUGUUUCUCAGCCAGGUGUGGAAUCAGCAGCUAUGAAAGGGGAAGAGAAAAAUCAGUUAGAAGUGGUGGGAGAUGAGAUUGAUGCGGUGACACUGACAAAUUUGCUCAGAAAGAAUUUGGGGCAGGCACAACUGGUAAGUGUUGGCCCUGCUUCUACUGGUGGUGGCGAAAAUAAAGACAAAGCUGGUUCUGAUACAAAGCCCCAAGCUUCUGCUGCGGCCGUGACACAGUGGCAAACUCCUUACUAUUAUACCCUGCCUCAAUACCCUGUUUAUCAAGUUAGAGAUUCAUACGAUGAUCAACCUGUCUGUUCUAUUAUGUAAACACAAAUGCGGAUUAUAUUAUCCUACUUAGAAGUAAUAAACCUUGUACAACAAACAUAUUUAUACAGUUGCAAUUCCAAGGACGCAUAAGUUCA